UCUCUCCCUCUGUCUCUCUCUCUCUCUUUUUUUAAUUCUCACUCGGGUCCGCUCCGUGUGAAUGAACGAGCCUCUUUAACAUAUUCAGACCAACGUCAUCCGCUGAAGGUGGAUCACGCCGUGCAGCCUGUUCUAUAAAACCCCCCGCAGCCUGACUCACUGUGGAGGAACAGUCACCGGUUUGACGGAGAAGGCGCCGCGGAAGAAACUUUCCUUUUAAAACCAGGAGGAUUGUUUUUCUGUCAGAGGCGACUCUUCUUUCCAAAAGUCCUACUGGGAAAGUAAGGAGGACCAGAAGACGUAGGAGAAGACUGGUCGGACCAGGAGGAGAAGCUUUACGCACCGCAGCCGGACACAGUUCCAAGCGCACAGACGCAGGUGGAUGCUGGGACGUGGACCAGCUCGGAGGAGAUGUUACCCCUGGCUCAGUUUGGGGUGUUGUCGGCCUUGGCCACCGCGCUCACCUCGGUCCUCUCCGCGCUCCUGCUGCUGGCGCUGACCCGGCAGCUGUGGAGCCUCCGCUGGAGCCUGACCCGGGACAAAGAAAGUAGCCUGCCGCUGCCGAAGGGCUCCAUGGGAUGGCCGCUGGUCGGGGAGACGUUCCACUGGCUCUUCCAGGGCUCCAACUUCCACAUCUCGCGCAGAGAACGUCACGGCAACGUGUUCAAGACCCACCUCCUGGGGAAGCCAGUCAUCCGGGUGACCGGUGCUGAAAACAUCCGGAAGAUCCUGCUGGGGGAGCACAGCCUGGUGUGCACCCAGUGGCCCCAGAGCACCCGCAUCAUCCUGGGACCCAACACCCUGGUCAACUCCAUUGGGGACCUACACAAAAGGAAGAGAAAGAUCCUGGCCAAAGUGUUUAGCCGGGGGGCUCUGGAGUCCUACCUGCCCCGUCUGCAGGACGUCGUCAAGUCUGAAAUCGCCAAAUGGUGCUCGGAGCCGGGCGCCAUCGACGUCUACAGCGCCGCCAGGUCCCUGACGUUCCGCAUCGCGGUCCGAGUGCUGCUGGGUCUGCAGCUGGAGGAGGAACGCAUCGUUUACCUGGCGGGAAUCUUCGAACAGCUGAUGAACAACCUCUUCUCGCUGCCCAUAGACGCUCCGCUCACUGGGCUACGCAAGGGGAUAAAAGCCAGAGAGAUCCUGCAUGCCAACAUGGAGAAGAUCAUCGAGGAGAAGAUGGAGCGGCAGCAGAUGGAGGAGGAGUAUCACGACGCCUUUGACUACAUGCUGUCCAGCGCCAAGGAGCACGGCCAUCAGCUCAGCAUCCAGGAGCUCAAGGAAACAGCAGUAGAGCUCAUAUUUGCUGCUCACUCCACCACAGCCAGCGCCUCCACGUCGCUGGUCCUGCAGCUCCUUCGCCACCCGGCGGUGGUGGAGAAGGCCAGAGUGGAGCUGGAGGCCGAGGACCUCGGCCAUGAGUCUCACACCAGCCACAGCCGGAGUGGAGUCACCGUGGAGAAAGAGGAGGAUGCUGUCGCUGACAUGGAGACGACCUGCCUGCUCAAUGGAAGCUGUCAGAGAGACGAAGAUGGUUUCCCACGGUCCCAGUCUCACAUACCGUACCUGAGUCUGGACAAGCUGAGCCAGCUCCGUUACAUUGACUGUGUCGUCAAAGAGGUGCUUCGAUUCUUGCCGCCGGUCUCAGGCGGUUACCGCACAGCCCUGCAGACAUUCGAAUUAGACGGCUACCAGAUCCCCAAAGGCUGGAGCGUAAUGUACAGCAUUCGGGACACCCACGAGACAGCAGCGGUCUUCCAGAGCCCGGAGCUGUUCGACCCAGACCGGUUCGGCCCGGGCCGGGAGGAGAGUCGUUCGGCUCGGUUCAGCUAUGUGCCGUUUGGCGGUGGCGUGCGGAGCUGCGUAGGGAAAGAACUGGCGCAGAUCAUCCUAAAGACUCUAGCCGUGGAGCUGAUCGGGACUUGCAAAUGGACCCUAGCCACAGAGAACUUCCCCAAGAUGCAAACGGUGCCAAUAGUCCACCCGGUCAACGGACUGCACGUGCAUUUCACUUACAACUACCCACUUUAGAUUUAAAUAAAGACUGACUGACUUUCCAAAAAACUCAACCACCUAAGAGGCAAUUUAGCUUUCUCCUUGCUUCCACAAACGCUCUUCAGGCGAGAAGACGUAAUGAGUCCUGAUGGUGCAGUUCAGGCCCCCUUUACAUUUUCAUGGACAUGGAGGAGUUUUAAACUGCUAGCUUGCAGCACUUCGUCAAUGCUUCACGGUCUGAUCCAAACCUAAGAAACCUCAUUAUGUUGCAGCACAGGUACAUUUAGAGCCCCCCGGGGCCGGGUACAACAGUGGGACAUACACCCAGUUUUAUGAGCAGGCUAAGACCCUUGUAGAAGGAAUACUUGUUGUGCCACAUAGACGCAAAGCUAUGUCUGAGACUAAAUCUGGUCAGGAGCUGGUGUGAAGUGAUCAUUAAAAAGUUGAUCUCAGACUUGUGAGUCUAGGUGAGUCACAAGUGUAAGUUAAGAUAAGGUUUCUACUACACUCGACCUAGCUGCUCCAUGGUGCAACCGGUACAAAUAUUUAUCACAAGAUUGGACGUAACCAACCCCAAUAUUUGGCUUUCACCAAAAGUCUUUACACCCAACUGCUGUGCAAAAAGAAAAAAAUAAUAAUUUCACAACUUUCACUUUCAACUUUCACAAGUUAAUAAUGUCUGUAAACCGUUUCCCUGCUGAUUUUUCAAAGAUAAAAAUUUGUUUGUCCUACUGAAGGGCUCACUGAGCUGACUGCAUGUACACCUCAAUCAGCAGGAGUCUCUAUGAAGAGCUUUAGUUCCAUUAACAAGGGCGAACAUUUUGUUAAGAGACAGUAAAAGCAAGUACAGAUAGCAACAGGUACAUUUGAUCCAACCAACAUCUUUUCAAAACUUUAUGUCUUGCAUGUCUCAGCAGAUUUUACAUUAGGGACCUCACUAAGGGUUUAUCUAAACGCUGCUUGUAUUCACUGUGCCGAAUGGGAAAGUCUUUAUUCUUUUUAUUUAAUUUCAACAAAAGAUGCAGCUGACAGAAUCCUCAUGACUUCCAGACCUCGACACCAGUUCUGAGUUCUUGCCUUGUCUCUGUUCUGUGUUCCUAAGACUUGUCCUGAGCCUCGGAGCAAGGCCCUGGCUUCACACACAUCAACCGAAAGGCUGAAAUGCAAAAGGAAAAGAUCUACAAUGGGAACAUCUGUGAACAUUUGUGCAGACACAGGAGAGACUGGACUCUCCGGUGGUUUGCGGUCGUCACGUUUUAAAGGUGGAACUUGCACUUGAUUUUGACAAGUUGGUUCCACAACCAGGAGAUAACAGGAACACCAAGAUACAUUCAGAAUUUAUUUUUUAUUUUUUAAACAUGAAUGUUUAUAGCAGUUCUAUUAUGUGUGUGUAUCAAAUGAAGUAGCAUUAUGAAUAAGCUGUAUUUAAAAUGCAGAUGUACCGUAUCUGUUGUACUUUCACUUUAUCUGUAACGAUUUAUAGAUAGAGACACUAACCUGCAAUUUAAAGUCCAUAAAAACCUUAUCUUUCAUCAUUUAGAGCAGCAUAUACCAAGAGUAGACCUAUUCUAAUUAUUAUUAUUAUUCUAAUUAUUAUUAUUAUUAUUAUUAUUAUCACUGGUCUAGGACUGUUUCUGUGCUGGUCUUGAAGCCUAACAGGCACGCUGUGAAAUGUUUGGUACGGAUGGAUUUGUGGAAGGAGAUAGCACUUUCUCCGCUUUAAGGAGUCUGUAAAUAUUUGUCCUGUUUGUGAUGUAGCUGCUGUACAGUCGGUGUAAAUUAGAAGAUGAUAAACUGAAUUUUUGUUUUA